AUGGCUGAGGAAUUGAAGAAAUUAGUAAAAAUACGCGGAGGAGAUCGAGCCAGUCUUACGAAAACAUUAGCUGUAACAGAGGAACUCUUAACGCAAUCUACGGAAAUAUUUGAAGAAACACAGGCAAGUGACUUUGAAAUAAAACUUACCCAACAACGUGUGAUUUUGGGCGAGAAAUUACCACUUCUAAAGAGUUUUGACGACAAGAUUAUUCUUUUGGUUGAGGACGGAAAUAUUGAGGAUGAGGUUGCCAGUGCUGAUGACAUACGUCAAGCUAUUCAAAGGGCAAUUGUUCACAUUGAUUUAAUUUUGGAAAAACUGAAGAAAAAAUGGAAUAAAGACAGUGGAUCUUCACCAUCGAAUCUGGAAAGUUCUCUGUCGCAAGCAACAGUACCACACACAUCUAACAGUACGGUAAGAUUACCAAAAUUAGAACUAAAACAUUUUAAUGGGAACAUAAUGGAGUGGACUCCAUUUUGGGAUUCAUAUUCUUCUUCCAUUCAUGAAAAUCCUAAUUUAUCUGGUAUAGAUAAAUUCAAUUAUUUGCAUAGUCUGUUGGAAAAAUCUGCUGCUGAAGCAAUAUCGGGUUUAAAAAUAACUUCAGCAAACUACCAAGAGGCAAUAGAUAUCUUAGACAAAAGAUUUGGUAAUCAGCAACAAAUUGUCAAUGCCCACAUGAAUGCUUUAUUAAACCUGCCCAAGGUGACUAAUGUAGACGACUUAAAGGCUCUCAGGCAAUUACAUGAUAAAGUAGAGAGCCAUAUGAGGGGAUUGAAAUCACUUGAAGUUGACUCUGGUUCAUAUGGUAGUCUGUUAACACCUAUUUUAAUUGAUAAGUUGCCUAAAGAGCUGCGUUUAGAAGCUACAAAGCAGCUCAAAGAAGAUUGGGAUCUAGAUGAACUGAUCAAAAUCUUUAAAAGGGAACUGGAGGCUCGAGAGAGGGCAAGUCUCUUACCCGGCAGUUCAAGGGAUCCCCCAUCUAAGCCACCGUAUAAACCUAAGAUCCCAUCUGCAUCAUCUUUGUUUACUACUGGAGGAAGUCCAACAUGCACCUACUGUCAACAACCCCACCCUUCAAAUAGCUGUAGUACCGUGACUGACAGAAAUGAGAGAAAGGAAAUUCUGAAACGGUCUGGAAGAUGUUAUAUAUGCCUUAGAAAGAAUCAUGUUGCCAGAGAGUGCAAAUCUAAAAUAAAAUGUUUUAAAUGUGAUAAGCGUCAUCACAUUAGUAUCUGUCCAUCCAAUUCUAAGGUGAAACCUAACCCACCAGAACAAGAAGCAUCCCACCAACCAACCCCCUCUGAAGAACACCCACGCAUGCAACCCCAAGGUCACCAACCCACAAACCAAAGUAGAGAACAACCUCAGAACACCCAUGUCAAUAUGUUUGUCGAUGCACAGUCCUCGAUUCUUUUACAAACCGCAAGAGCCCCCAUUUACAACCCAAAGGAUCCUAGUAAGACGUUGCAGGCAAGACUUAUAUUUGACAGUGGAAGCCAAAGAUCAUACAUAACUUCCACAAUAAGAGACAAGCUGAAUCUCCCUAUAGUAAGACGAGAUACCCUCAAGAUUAAUGCCUUUGGUUCUAAGGAUGAAGAUAUUACCUCCUGUGAUAUGGUUCAAUUUCAGUUGGACACCGAGAGAGGACAUAAGUUAAACCUAUCAGCUUAUGUUGUUCCAUUGAUAUGCUCCACAAUCGGAAACCAAAAUACAAGAUUUGCCCAACAAUCCUAUGAACAUCUUUCUGGUCUAACUCUUGCUGACUCAGCAAACGAUGGAGAAGAAUUCGAUUUGGAUAUACUGAUUGGAAGCGAUUAUUAUUGGCAGUUGGUCACCGGUCAUGUAAUCCAUGGAAACGAUGGUCCUACAGCAAUGCAUACCAAGCUCGGCUGGGUUUUGUCUGGUCCAGUGAAAGGGGCACCACCCGAUUCUCAUUCCAAUGUCAACAUUGCAUCUACCCAUGUGUUACGAUGUUCUACCCAACUCACCCCUUCCCCAGAAGCAACAAUUGAAACUAACCUCAAACGUUUUUGGGAAUUGGAAUCACUUGGUAUCAGUCCUGACGAGCAUUCUGUUUACGAAGAGUUUCUAAGUACUGUGAAACACCGAGAUGGUCGAUAUGAAGUUCACCUACCAUGGAAAGAUAACCAAGUCACCAUACCAGAUAACUACCAGCUUAGUCUAAGGAGACUAGAAUCCCUCCUAAGGAGACUCCGACAAGAUCCUAAAACCCUGAAGGAAUACAACAACAUUAUUCAGGAGCAGAUAGCUAGAGGAAUCAUAGAAAGAGUUGAUGAAACAUCCACCACCAAUGCAAGUCGUGUCCAUUACUUACCACACCAUGCCAUCAUCCGUCGCGACAAGAAAACAACAAAAUUGCGGAUAGUCUACGAUGCCUCUGCGAAAUCCGAGGGCCCCUCUCUUAAUGAUUGCCUAUACUCUGGCCCAUCACUUGCUGAGAAUAUUGUAGACAUUUUGCUGAGAUUCAGGUGUCAUCCAACAGCAUUGGUCGGAGACAUUGAAAAAGCGUUUUUGAUGAUUGCCAUUGCAAAGGAAGAUCGAGACGUCUUGAGAUUUCUCUGGGUUGACGAUAUUACUAAGGAUGACCCUAAGAUUAUGAUAUAUCGAUUUACGCGUGUAGUAUUCGGGGUGACGGCCAGUCCAUUUUUGUUGAAUGGGACAAUCAAACAUCACAUUGAGAAAUAUCAGGAAGAAGACCCGGAGUUUGUACAAAAGUUUCUGAGUGGCAUUUACGUGGAUGAUUUAAGUUCUGGAGCCAAGGAUGACAACGCAGCCUAUGAACUGUAUAUUAAAUCAAAACAACGACUAAGUGAAGGCGGAUUCAAUCUUCGCAAGUUUCUAUCUAAUUCUCCUACCCUAAUGCAAAGAAUACGGCAAAAUGAAGAAAACCCUACCAUCGGUCAGUCAACGACAGAUGUGGUCAACGAUGUCUGUACAGAGGAUAAGUCAUAUUGCAAGUCAACAGUGGGUAAUCCCCAAGAAUUACCGUUGGAAAGGGAAGAGAAGAUCCUGGGAAUUCGGUGGAACUAUGUAAAUGACACAUUCAUCUUCAAUUUUCAGCGAAUUGUGCAAGCAGCUCGAGAACUUGAGCCUACGAAGCGAAAUGUCAUUGGUAUCAUAUCCCGUUUCUAUGACCCGUUGGGAGUUCUCGCACCCAUAACAGUCAAAUUAAAGAUGUUUUUUCAGGAGCUAUGCCAAUCUAAAGUUGAAUGGGACGAAGAAUUAUCAAGCGAACUAAAGAAGAAGUGGGAGCAUCUUAUCCUAGACCUGGAAAAUAUAGAAUCGACCCUGAUACCGAGAUGUUAUCAAGCGGGAAUCGAAGAAAAGGUUCUUUCUUACAGCCUCCAAGGAUUUUGCGACGCAUCCCUUAAAGCCUAUGGAGCUGUUGUUUAUCUGAAAAUGACUACCUCAUUGGGAACGUUUAUAAGAUUUGUUAUUGCCAAAACAAGAGUCUCUCCAAUUAACAAACAAACCAUUCCAAGAUUAGAACUUCUCUCAGCAGUCAUACUAGCAAGACUUAUUUCAACCGUUACAAGUGCUCUGAACGAAACCCUAAAGCUUGAUGAUCCAACCUGUUGGACUGAUUCUAAGGUAGCACUGUACUGGAUCCUUGGUGAAACCCAAGAAUGGAAGCAGUUCGUUCAAAAUCGUGUCGUUGAGAUAAGAAAAUUGGUACCAUUGAAAUGCUGGAGACAUUGCCCCGGCAAAGUAAAUCCUGCGGAUAUUGCUUCUAGAGGAGCAACCUCCACUGAUUCAGGCGCACUUCAAACCUGGUUAAAUGGUCCUCAAUGGAUGCUCAAGGAUAUCGAAAGCGAGGGAGUUGAGGGGAAGAAUAAUGAAGAAUGUCCCGAAGAAUGUAUUACAGAAAUGAAAGCCAACGAUCGAAAGGCAUUUCAGAACACUUGUUUACUCGUAUGCACCGAAACAAGUUACCAGAUCCAGAGCAUUAUUGACGUACGAAGGUUUAGCAGUUACCAGAAGCUUAUUACCGUUACAUCAAUGGUUUUACGAUUUAUUCGACGAGUGAAGAAAGCCCAUUUAAGAGCCGAAGAGAAUAAGAACUCUGAAGCUGAAAUCGCAGAAAUUUUAUGGUUUAAACAAAUCCAGUUAGAUCUUCCAAAUCAUCCUUCGUUUGAAACGUGGAAAAAACAGUUUGGAUUAUUCUGGGAUAAGAAUGGAAUCAUCAAGUGCAAGGGACGAAUUUCGAAAGCGAACAUUCCUGACGAAACCAAACAUCCAAUUCUAUUGAACGCAAAGAAUAGAUUAACCGAGUUAAUUGUUAAGGAAUCCCACAAUCGCGUGUUUCACAACGGUGUUAAAGAGACACUUACAGAACUACGCUCGAGGUUUUGGAUAAUUCGUGGCAGACAAUUUGUAAGGAAGUUAAUUCACAGGUGCGUGGUUUGCAAGAAACACGAGGGUAAACCCUAUUCCCUACCUGCCUCCCCAGCUUUGCCAGAAUUUCGAACACAACGACAAGCACCCUUUGCCUCGACUGGAGUUGACUUUGCUGGGCCGCUGUAUGUCAAAGAAUCAAAGAAGAGCAAGACACAAACAAAGACCUGGAUCGCCCUUUAUACAUGCGCUGUCACGAGAGCUCUCCAUUUGGAACUCGUUUCGGACAUGACUAGUGAAUCUUUCCUAUUGUGUUUUCGACGAUUCUGUGCGAGGAGAGGACUUCCCAAGAGAAUGAUUUCUGAUAACGCCAAGACGUUUGUAACUGCGUCCCGAAGAUUAAAGGCUUUAUUUCAACUUCCUGAAGUUAGACAUCAUAUGGAGAUCAAACGGAUUGAGUGGUCAUUCAAUACUCCUAAAGACCCUUAG